AUGAGUAUUUUUACGGUAGGAGAAUUGCCGGAAGAGCUUGGUAAUCUAGCAGGCCUCGAGUCCUUAACGGCGUCGUUCAACGAUUUCUUGUUUGGUUCCAUCCCUUCUUCCAUAUUCAAUUUAUCAAGUUUGAUGGAACUCUCUCUUCAGCAGAAUCAGUUUUCCGGUAGCCUUCCUUCAAACAUGGGGCUCUCACUUGUGAAGCUUUCUUUAUUUUUUAACAAACUCACCGGCAAAAUUCCAACCUCCAUCACCAACGCUUCUCAGCUUAUUAUGUUGGAAUUGAACAGAAACUCAUUCACUGGCUCCAUCCCCGACUUGGAUAUUGGAAAUAUCAAACAAUUCAGUGAUGAAUGGUAUCCUCCGAUCCCAUCUUCCAUUGGGAAUUUAUCUACUUCUCUUGUCACUUUUUCAGCAUCUAACUGCGGCAUUAGAGGGGUUAUUCCUUCUGAAAUUGGAAACUUAAGCAGUUUGCAAACUUUGGAUUUAUCUGGGAAUCAAUUCACAGGAUCAAUCCCGACCACAAUUGGAAAAUUGAAGCAACUUGGAAUAUUAUAUCUUUAUGGUAACCAGCUGCAAGGAUAUAUCCCUCAUCAUCUUUGCAGAAUCAGUAAUUUGUUAGAGUUAUAUUUGAGUGGUAAUAUGCUCACAAGUUCAAUACCUGAAUAUUUUGGUGAACUUAAAUCCCUUCAAACACUCUCUUUUGCCUCAAACAAACUGAAUUCCACACUUCCUUCCAACUUCUUCAAUCUUCCAGGUCUCAUAGUUCUCGACUUGUCAUCAAACUAUCUGAGCGGUCAACUUCCUGAUCAAAUCGGAAGCUUGACGGGUAUCAACUACCUAGACUUGUCUUCUAACAAGUUCUCAGCAAACGUUCCAAACACGAUUGAUGGUUGUGAAUCACUCGAGUUCUUGUUUUUGUCAAAUAAUAUGUUGAAUGGAUCCAUCCCUGAAUCUUUGGGGAAGGUCAGAGGCUUGAGGAAUCUGGAUCUAUCCAAUAAUAAUCUCUCUGGCGUGAUACCCGAAUCUCUGAAAAAUCUGGGUCUCGAAUCUUUCAAUGUUUCUUACAACAAAUUGCAAGGAAAGAUUCCAGAUGGGGGUUGCUUCGCCAACUUUAGUUUUGAAUCUUUUGUUCAGAACUCUGGUCUAUGCGGCGCUGCAAGAUUUCAAGUGCCACCUUGUCCGAGAAAUCGUGGAAGAUCAAGAUCGGAAACAGUUGCUCUGAUAAUGAAAUAUGUUGUGCCACCCUUCAUUGCAGCUGUGAUUUUAGUGCUCAUCCUAGUUUUCCUGCUAAAGAGACGCAGACAAAAAAAUACUCCAGCUUCUGCUGAUGUUUCAUCUGUGGGAGUGUCGUGGAAGAUUGUCUCAGAGAGAGAACUCACGCAGGGGACGAGCUCGUUUAGUGAGAUAAACCUACUGGGAAGAGGGAGCUUCGGCUCAGUGUUCAAAGCAAUGCUUAGUAAUGAAACAGAUGUGGUAGCAGUCAAAGUGUUCAACUUGGAACUGGAAGGAGCGCUCAAGAGCUUUGACACGGAGAGCCGGAUACUGAGCACCAUUCGACACAGGAACUUGAUCAAGAUACUCGGCUGUUGCAGCAACGAGCACUUCAAGGCCUUGAUUCUUGCUUACAUGCCUAAUGGGAGUCUGGACAAAUGGCUGCAUUCUGAUGUGUAUGUUUUGGAUCUGAUGCAGAGGUUGGGCAUUGCCAUAGACGUCGCGUUGGCCUUGGAAUAUCUUCACCACAAUCACACGUUUACCAUUGUGCAUUGUGAUAUAAAGCCCAACAAUGUGCUGCUUGAUGAAGAUAUGACUGCUCAUGUUGGCGAUUUUGGCAUUUCUAAGCUUUUUGAGGAUAGGGAAGCUGUCGCUCAUACUAUAACCAUGGCAACUAUCGGCUAUGCAGCACCAGAGUACGGAUCAGAAGGAAAAGUAUCCACACAAGGGGAUGUAUAUAGCUAUGGGAUAUUGUUGUUAGAGAUUUUUACGAGUAAAAAGCCAACAGAUGAUAUGUUCAGCGCAGAAAUGGGCAUAAAGGAGUGGGUGGGGAAAGCAUUACAAGAAAAUAGGAUGAGUGGAGUUGUGGCGCCUGGUUUGCUAUCAAGACAAGAUCCACAUUUCUCUGCAAUGGAGCAAUGUGUGUCGUCUGUUUUUGAUUUGGUGAUGAAAUGUUUGGCCUUUUCACCCGAUGAGAGAAUCAACAUGAUGCAAGUAGCAGCUUCAUUGCACAAGUUCAAAGUUACACUAGAAGCAGCCAAGAAGAGGCAAAGCCGCAGAUCUUGAUUAAGGAUAAUACUUAUAGCAAUACUUAGUAUAUAGAUUCGAAUUUUCCAGUUCUCUGCUGCCUUCUGAGAUAUAUAUAUUAUUAUGGG